CGGACGGGACGGUCGGUUGCUUUAAUUGCCCUGCCUUUCUUUGCAUUUUGGUACAGCCCACCGGUUUGAUCUACACCAGACUUCUCCGGAAACAAAUCCUCGUCGUUGCUCUUGUCGUCGAGGUUCGUCUUCCCCAGAGUUGGCAAAAUCUAACCAGGCUUCGGUGUUACCCGCAAAAAAGGAGCCAGCAGCAGCCAACAGCGAGCCUGCACCUUACUUGCAUAAAGCAUUUCAUGCUUUGCAUUUAAAAGGUCUAGCUUUAGCCAGUCACGACCCCCAGUCCAGCAGCGACAAUAGCAGCAGCAGCAGCAGCAGCGACAGCAUCCCUCUGCAUCGCCCCGCCGCCUACCGAGCUUGCUACCAGGAAAAAGAAUUGAGCUUCGUUUCGACGUCUCUUUCUCCUAGACGGCUUUCACCUACCCCGGCCUUCAUCCCUCAACCACCAACUUCUCGGCAAUCCCACCCCUGGUUUGGACGAAUUGAUGCCUGCUUGUCGACACUUGGAGCUAUAACGUGCAAUCCAGCACGGUUUUCGGUGCUGGUUCUCGGCCCCCAAACCUCCGGAUUCGGUUCUAGAUAAAACUCAGCCUCCUGUCGAUACCAUCCCUCGCGUCAACACCACCGUUUUGGUCUCUUUCGUGCUUGCACAUGCUGACCCGGCAAUCCACACAACAUUCCCCGUACUGUGAUCGCAGGCCGGCACGGCACGUCCGAUUAAUUCUUAUAUCCUCCUAGUUGCCGCAUUAGCUUGCUGCAGCAUCCAUUGUGCAAGAGGAAGAUCUUGAAGAGCAGGACCAAUUGAGCUCACAGGACCGAAACACGAUACCGAACCAGCUCCAACCUAACACCUUACUCGCAUAACCACCCGUAAUCAUGGAGGACUCAUCACCAUUGGCGGCAAUUCGCCGUCCCACACACCUCUUUGGCGACAGGCUCGGCGGCUACAGGACAAACAUUGGCCACUACUCUCCGGAUAGCAAACCUAGGGCCUUCAACCUGCGAGAGCAAUUGGGCAUCCACAACUCAAAGAAGGCUUACCUUCAAGAUGACUUCAGUCGGGGUUCAUCGCCCAGCAUCUGCCUUGCAGCUGACUUGGGACAGAACUUCCGUAUUGACCAGGACAGCAGCCCCAAGUUCCCCACGCCGAGGAGAGCUCUCUUCACCUCAAUGAACAUGGGCGAUAUGGGCAUGCGUGACUGCACAUCGGCACCGCCGCUAAUGUCAUCCCCGACGCCUGGUGGUCUGAUGGAGAUGAUGGAUAUUUCGCCCCUCCCACACAAGCUGCCUGCCACAUCCUCGUUGAUUUGUGAAUCACAGGUAGAGUCUCCAGUACUCAUGGACGACACGGAGAGCAACGCUUCCUCAGAAAAGACCGAGGACGAGUCCGCUUCAAUUGAGCCCUCACUUCCCCAGCCCACAACAGCUGAACUGCCGAGGCCAUUGGCUGCUGAACGUCGCAGGAUUGCUCUGAGGAGACCAUCUCUCUCCCGAGCCAAGGGUUACUCUACAAGUGCCCUGUUGACUCGUGGUCAGCCAGACAACCAACUCCCUCCCUUCCGUUUUGGUGGCAACCCCAGCUUGUCGAGGGAAAGCUCAUCACUCAGCUUAAGCGAAUGCUUCCAGAACUCUCCCACUCCUGAGAAGAGGCCGUCCACCGCAAACAGCCCGAUCGCCAACGUGCCAGGACCGCUCCGCGUGCGUACUCAGUUUUCUAGCCUCAAUGGUAGCAGCGCAUCCCGCACAGGAUCGCCCAUCUCAAGCCACUCACGGCGGCCCUCGAACCCAUUCAUGCGGCCACGUAAGCAGUACCGCCGCUCGUUGAGCAUGUUCGAGAACUCGGGGGAGGUGAUGAAGCCCAAGCAGGAGGAGCCGCCAGCAGCCCCUGCUCUCUCGUCUGUGAUGGAUAUUGAGGAGCCCGCCGAGCCCAUCCUGCCCCAUUUCUUUCCCGAAGGAGAGAGCGACAACAUUCCUCGCAUAAAACGCCAGACAUUGUUGGACGUUCUCGAUGGACAGUACAACGAGCGAUACGAUAACAAGCUCAUCAUCGACUGCCGCUUCGAGUACGAGUACGAUGGUGGCCACAUCGACGGCGCCAUCAACUACAACGACAAGGACCUUCUUGUUACCCACCUCCUCCGAACCCCGAUGGAAGGCCGUACCCUCAUCGUCUUCCACUGCGAGUACUCUGCUCACCGUGCCCCGCUGAUGGCCCGUCACGUGCGCGCCGAGGACCGCAGUGCCAACGCUGAGCACUAUCCCCGCCUCACAUACCCCGAGAUCUACAUCCUCGAGGGCGGCUACAGUGGAUUCUUCGAGGAGCACCGCGACAGGUGUUAUCCCCAGGCCUACGUCGAGAUGGGUGCCGCCGAGCACGCCUUCACGUGUGAGCGUGAGAUGGGCCGCCUGCGCCAGAACCGCAAGGGGCUCUCUCGCGCCGCAACCUAUGCGUUCGGCACUGGCAUUCAAGAUUCACCUACCGCUCCGGGGCGCUCCACCUGCCAGGAUUCACCAAUGUCGAUGCUUGGUGCCUCUCCUAUCCUUGGCAGUGAUCGAUUCCAUGGUAGGAGAAUGGCAUCGUACUGAGGACGGACCUCAACUAUUCAAAAACCCACAGCACAUACUACAUACCACCCGUGAUAUACACCAACAAUCCGUUGGGCUAAUCUGUAUAUGCAACAUGUCACAGGCUUCUGCCGCCGUCGACGAUAUCUCCGUUCCAGAUGCUCGUCCACGAUCGGCCCUACACCUCUUCCGUCGAGGUCAACCAAUUCCGGUCUGCAUUUUGUCAAGUCGUUUGCUUAUGCAUUUUUGGCCUGCUGCAACCCACACUUUCUUCAUACCCUUUUAACUUCCGGCCGGCAACCUGCGCUUUAUCCAUCAGUCGCAGCUUUUCUUCAGCUAUCUUCUCGUUCGUCGCAUUGGCGUAGCAUUUGCAUUGGGACUUUUCGUUUUUCACCCACCGCCAGAUGACCCUUGGAUCCGGCAUCUGGGCGAUCACACUGCGAUCACUGUGAGCUUUGGUUCUCCCUUAGUCACGACUUAGAUUUGCAAACCACCACACCUGCAUCUGUAUUUUUGUGCGACGCAUCAAACAUCAGCGGAUCGGAGCAUGUUUGACCGUGCCCUCCUUUAUACGGCAAACCUCCGACCGUCAGGCAUCAUCAGCGUAAUGCCUGCCUUUCAUCAACUUUACAACCGCCUGUCGCUUGUUCUACCGCUCUGCUUUGCGACUGCAGUUCCUUCCUUGUAGGCCGACGAGUAGCUCGUCACCUAUUUGGCUGAUGUCUCUCGAACACGAAUGACGGGCAUGUUGAUUCGAUUAGGAUCCCAAGUUCUGCUGCAACUUGAUCUCCUGCGUCGGACCACUUGUCUCCUUGAAACAGGAGGCCAUGCCGACUGCAUCUCGGCCGGCCACCUCGGUCAAGGAUCUGACCUCAACCGCAUUUUAUUCAGCCCACCCGGUUUUCGGGAUUUCGGUAACUCAUCGACACAUUGGCGGCUUCUCCUUGCUACGAAUGCAAUUUGCAUCGUCUCUCGGCUCAAUCAAACUCUUGAUUGCGCUUCUUCUCGAAACAUAUUUAAAUACCCACCAAGACAUGGCGAUUGCCAUCUUCCAUGUCCUGCCUACUUGUUCAAACUGUCUGUCGGUUCAAAAGACGUGGGCCGAGGCGUUUAAUCACCUCGGACACGCAAUUUCUUGUACAAAUAUUAUUUGCUCCUAUUUGAUUUUAUGUUCGGGGAAAACAUAAUAGUGGCUGAGUGCGAGGAGUAUAAGAGAAACGGAGGGACGAAAUACAACAGACAGAUUGAUCACAAGAAGGGAGCAUGGGGGAUGAAGAAGCAACCGGAUUUUCUUUUACCUGUCACAUAAGUCAUUCUCUAUUCUUCCAGUCUCUGCAUCAUCGGGGGGAGCGUUCUCAUUUCAUUUUCUCUGGUUUUUCUUUUUCUCAUCUUCGGCCUGGUCCAAAAUACCCCUCGGGAAAAGUUCGUCAGUCUGGUCACUACCGAUGGAAUUUCGGAGGACCAAUCCAUCACAAAGAAAUCGAGACAAGGGUUGGAUGGAGGAAACGUUUUGACCUACCAUACCACUCGGUCCGAUCAACGCCACAACAAAAAAAAAACAAAAAAAAAGAUAUAACAUGAACAACACCAAAAAAAUG